AUGCCGCCUCUCUCUCCUUCUCAAAAGACCGGUGACUAUGAUUUUCAAAUCACAGUCAACAAAGUGUUCUUCCUCCCACUUUCCCCCGACAUCCCCACUUCUACUUCUUACCCCAACAUUCCAAACAAUAAAUUACGAUCUCGAUCGAUUCAGUUUACACAAGCACAAUACACUACCACUGCAUACUCCACCCUACGUAUUCACGAUCCAGUUUUGUUGAUUUUUCGCAAUUAUAUGGAAGAAGAAUGCACGACGCCGAAGCAGCAGGAAAGUCGAAUUCCGGUUGCAACAGAGUGCCCACCUCCGCCCAGAAAGAAGGCGGCAGUCCGCCGGAAGAAGCGGGAGCAGUCGAAGGUCGGGUAUUUCCAUCCACCGGAACUUGAUAUAUUCUUCACCGGUGAAGCAACAAGGAGAAUUUGGGUUUAA